GCUGGAGCACAUCGAGAGAUACAGGGCCGAGUCCUUGAAGCAUCGAAAGAGAAAGACAGGCGCAUACGUCCACGCGGCUCUUACCCGCAUCAACUCGACAAGCUCGAUCUACAGCGACCUCCCGACAGAGGAGGAUGAGGACCGCUUCGUCGAGCUGAUGCUUUGGAACACACGCUUUGGGGAGCAAACCCAACUGGCUCAGCCGCGAUCCACAACCGAGCACAACGACUGCAGGACAAUGGAUCAUUGCCUCGAGAACGAUCGCGCUGCUCGGACGGGCUGCAGCCGCAAAGCGACUUGGGCUGACCACCGACGCACCUGCAGCACCACAAAGCCGCCCACAGACAACGAGCACGAGCUCGAUGCAGUCCUCAGUCUCAGUCUGGCGAGCUCGAGCAGCAAAACGCUCUACCGCGAAGACGAUACCCGCUCGGCAGCGCUGGCGGAGGGGGACCCUGGCCACUCAUCUGAUGGCACUCCUCGACACACAGACCGCAUAUCACCCAGGCCAGUCCUGCCCAGCACGCACUCUUGUCCCCAGAUGAGAGCCAUGAAUGUCACGACACCGUCGAGUCCGCUCCCAAGCAUGCAUCUCACCGACGGCUACAAGACUCAUCGCGCCCCGGUUGGUGGCGAAUAUCUCCUGGACGACAUGGGAUGUGCCUCACACAACCACGGCAAUCCGGAUUGUGGCAGCAACGUCCCGAACGACGAUUGCCUGCAUGAUGCGCACAAGUCCAGAUCCGACAACACUCGCCAAAGCGUAGCUUCCUCCGACGAGAUUCACAGACUCGGAGCGACAGACGGGCGCCAGGUCGCUGGUGCCGCUGGCGUCGGAUGCUUCAGUCGCAAGGGUAGUGACGCUGGCGCAGAGACCACGUCCUUCGAAAUCUCGAAGUUUGCCCGAGUCCUCGCUCGGUGGCGAAAUGUGCUCGGAAAGGCCACGUGGAUCUUAAGCCCAGACCCGAGCAAAGUCAAGCUUCAUCAAAAAGCGGGUCGGCUGCUUCAAAUCGCGCCCAGGCGCCGCAAGACCGUCCCUGGUCCGUUCUGUGAUUAACGACGAGCACCGCGGGCCAUCCGUCGACAGCGUGAGCUCGAUCAAGACGCAAAAACCCGGCGUCUUCACAAUCAAUGAGAUCAGCUGCACCGAGACUUGCUGUGCCGGUGCUGUGUUGGUGCUGUGCAUGCCACAGAGCCUCCUCGUGUGCGAGAGGAAAGAGCAGGAGUCGCUCGGCCCUCAUGGCCGAUGUGCAGCCUCGGUUGUGCUGGUUGGUGGACCGCCUGUGGCGCGGAAUCGGUGACUUUCACAUGACUGGGCGUCCGUCCGCAGCCUCUUGCCCAUGCCUGGGGCUUCGGUGGUCACCAGCACCGAUCGCGAAACCCAGCGAGAUUGUCCCCAGC